AUGGCAGCAGACAGACAGAGAUGGAGGUCCUCGGUGCAGGCCUUAUGUGCUCCAAGCACGAAGAGGACUAAGCUGCUGAUUAAAGAAGUUCUCGUAGACUAUAACCUUCAAAAUGGAUGCAGUUCACUGCAUGAAGAUGUCGCUAUCCUUACAAAAGAAAACUUGGUUCUAAGAAAAAGUCAGUCGAAGUUUGAAUCUGAAAUAGACGUUCUGAAAUCGCAAAUCAAAGACAUUUUGUCCGAGAACAGAAAGUUAAAAGAAAAUUUGAAUCGAAUUGAUAAAGAAAUAUCCCGAACGAGAAACAAGACAUCCAAGACUGAAGAUAAUGUUUUCUUUGGGAAUAACACUGACAAACAUGGUUUAAGCAAGCACCAUCAGCGACAAGGACUCGGACCACAAAACAGAAAGCGAUUACUAGGAUCAAGCCCCGGGAUACCAGUCAGUUCGCCGAUAGCGUUUACAGCAUGGCUUUCCGCAAAUGUCAACAAUCCAAGUGAUGGACAAACUUUUGUUUUUGAUCAUAUAGUCACUAAUUUUGGAAAUGCUUACAACCACCAUAACGGCAUGUUUACUGCAACAGUUAAGGGCAUUUAUGCUUUUUACGUGUCUAUUCUUACGGGUGCUGGAAAAAGCAUGGAAGUGGAGGUAGUUCGCAACAACCUGAACAUCUGCUAUGUCUAUAGUGGAGACAUGGACUUUUGGGGCCCAGGAUUCAAUAUGGCUGUGGCUGAUCUAAACGUGGGAGAUGCUGUUUGGGUAAAAGUCAGUACAUGGCACGAUUCGGGCCUGUUAGUUGACAGCAGAUUCACAUCUUUUUCUGGAUUUUUGUUGUACGAAACUGAUUGAUUUUUUGAUUGUUUAAAUAAAACGAAGCGAGAUGUUCAUUUCAAGUAUCAGUUCGUAUAAUAACUUCAGAUUCUUUUUCUUUGCAUCCGAUUUUGGAUUAU